UAACAGAUUAAGGUGACGUCAUCAAACGACGACCGGAAGCGCAGAGAGUUAACGCGAUCUUUGCGCGACACUUUGUUGACAUCAUGUCGGCGGUAGAUUUCAGAGACAACCUUCUGGGGAUCUCCUGGGUGGACAGCGGCUGGGUGCCGAUUCUUAAUCCUGGGAAUGUGCUGGACUACUUCUCCGAGAGAAGCAACCCCUUCUAUGACCGCACCUGCAACAACGAGGUCGUGAAGAUGCAGCGGCUCACCCUGGAACAUCUCAAUCAGAUGGUGGGGGUGGAGUACAUCCUUCUUCACGCCCAGGAGCCGAUUCUUUAUAUAAUCCGUAAACAACAGAGGCAGUCGCCCACACAAGUGAUACCCUUCGCUGACUACUACAUCAUAGCAGGAGUAGUGUAUCAGGCCCCGGACUUGGGAACAGUGAUCAACUCCAGAGCGCUCUCAGCAGUCCACGGAAUCCAGUCAGCGUUUGAUGAAGCAAUGUCAUAUUGCCGCUACCACCCAUCCAAGGGAUACUGGUGGCACUUCAAGGACCAGGAGGAGCGAGAAAAAGCCAAGCCGAAGUCGAAGAAGAAAGAAGAACCAAGUUCAUUGUUUCAGAGGCACCGUGUGGACACACUCCUUUUGGAUCUCAGGUCAAAAUUUCCACCAACGUUUUACCAGCCUAAGCCUGGUGAGAAACCUAUUCCAGUCGAGGUGAAAAAGGAACCGGAACCUCCCACGGAAACUGUGAAACAAGAGGAGCGGGAACCGGCCACCAAGUCCUCCGCUCCAGCUCCACCGAGCAAACCUCCUCCUGAGAAGAGAGCGAGGCUACAGUGACGUCUGUACCGAUCGUACUCGGUGAUGCUGGAGCGAUGCAGUGAAAAAGUCCUACAGCACAAACUGAAAAAAGAAAACAGUUCAAGAAUGGGAGUUUCCUGUUCCCUUCCAAACCUGCAAGCUGGUAUGCCACUGUGCUCAUUUGAUCAGUUUACAAGACUCAAUUGCCAGGACUACUUUUAGACUGUAACCGUAGUCUUUUACUUGAUAGGUUUGCGUCAUGGACAUUCGGCAGCUGCGCUUAUAAACAGGGGUUAACUGUUUGAUGUCAGCAGGCAUUUCACAGUGGAUGGGGUUUGUUUUCUGAUGAUGAUAAGCUGUUAUCAUCAUCGGUGUCAGUUUACUGCUGACAUCAGCUUAAUGUUUGUGUUUCACUGACUUCACAGAACAGUUUAAUUCCUCGUCUGAUUCACAGCGAGAUGUGUCACGAUGCAUCAUCUCAUCUGAAAAGCAAAAAGGCUUCUUGAACUCAAACAAUUUUCAACUGUUUUUUGAGAGACAUUCUCAGCUUUUGUGUGUUUUUGUAUUAAAAAUGUAUCAGCUCUUGUA